AUGUGGAUAUAUCACACUGCCAACCCCACAUACAACCAGUGUGCUAGUGCGAGGUGGAGUAAAUCAUGUUAUGAAAGCAAGUACACAGAUGAGCACAGCUCUUCCCCAGACGAUACAGAUGUUAAGAAGAAAGAUGACAUAAAUGUUGAUGAAGAGCAUGAGGUGAUGGAGACCUCGGAUGAGGACCCUGCCUACGUGGUCAAAUUCAAGUCUACAUUCAGAACAGACCUGGAGACACGCAAGGAACAUGCCAACAUUGCAUAUCUGAAGAUUGCUACCGCAUUGGACCCAAGAUUCAAGGACCUCAAGUGUAUACCCAGAGCUCAGAGGGGUGAGUUUGUUUCCCUCCGUCAGCGGAUCCUGAGUGCAGUACAGAAGAACGCCACUAGAGGGGACCCUCGCAGCGUGAUCAGAGCCAUAGAUCAAUUCUGCAGCCAGAAGGAGUGGGCCAUGAAUGUGGGGAAUGAGAAAGGCUGUAUUCUUGACUCAGUGGUGUCUGAGGUAAACCCAGCCACUGUUUUGGAGCUGGGAACCUACUGUGGCUACUCCACGGUGCGCAUCGCCAGCCUGCUUCCCCCUUAUGCCAAGUUCAUCACUCUUGAAUUCAACCCAGACUUUGCUGCAGUUGCUCGUCAAGUCAUUGCGUGGGCAGGACUAGAGGACAAGGUGCAGUUAGUGGAAGGAGCAUCUAGUGACUGGAUUCCCAAAAUAAAGGAACAGUUUGGGAUUAAAACCUUUGAUUUGGUUUUCCUGGAUCACUGGAAGGAACACUACCUUUCUGACACAAAACUGAUGGAGGAGUGUGGCCUGCUCAGAAAAGGCAGUGUCCUACUAGCGGACAAUGUCAUCUGCCCUGGAGCUCCUGACUAUGUGGAGUAUGUGCGUAGCAGCCCUCGAUAUAAAAGCCACUACUUCAGGUCACACCUGGAGUACACCAAGGCAGAGGAAAAUUUAUGGUAUUUGGGAAUCAUAGAGUAG